GUUGCCCUGCCCUUGUUUCCCUUCCCUUCCCUUCUGUUCUUCUCGAAUCACUGCUUGUGCCCCAAUGCCGCCGAAGAGAGAGCGGCCGGCCACGGAAGAGCUCACAAAAGGGCCAUGGACAGCGGUGGAGGACGAGGUACUGAUGGAGUACGUUCAGGAGCACGGUGAGGGUGAGUGGAACCGCGUCAGGCUCCUCACUGGCAUUCCACGGAGCGGCAAGAGCUGCCGCCUCCGCUGGCUCAACCACCUCCGCCCCGACCUCAAGAAGGGCUCCUUCUCCCACGAAGAGGAGCGGCUGGUCCUGGAGCUCCACGCCAUCCACGGCAACAAGUGGUCGCUCAUAGCCUCCCAGUUGCCCGGACGCACGGAUAACGACAUCAAGAACUUCUGGAACACGAGGGCCAAGCGGCAUGAAAGUGCUGGCUGGCCGCUGUACCUUCCUGACAUACCAGAGGCGAAUCCGAGCACGGGCCACGCACCGAUCGCUGGCCAAACUACUUGCUUCUCACCGAGCCCUAAUUUCCAUGGGAGAAACAGUCUAGUUCCUCCAGGUUUUGUGCAGCCCAAUGGCAAUGCCGCACUUGUACACGUCCCAGGAGCGACGUCCACUUUUCUCCGAGGAGGCAGUAGUCUCAUAAGGGAUCUGCCGCCUCUCAUUCAGUAUGCUGAUCGGAGCAGUGAGAUGAUUGCUGCACCAGGUUUCUCGCCUCUGCAUAGUGCUGAUCUUGGAGCCUAUCGCCAUAUGCCCUCCGGAACUCGUUAUCUCCCUUCUUUCAGACCCGUUUUCGGGACUACAAUGCCGGAGCUCUUUUCAGGCCAGCAUUUACAAACAGGACAAGCUAGUCGGGGUGAACCAGCCUCUCUGCCCCUGCACCAGAUUGUUGAUACCAAACAGCAUCCACAUCAAUUUGCGGCAGGAAAUUCUCUUUUUCCAAGCUUUGGCCUACUACAAUCGCCAUCAAAAACUACAAACAGAGGUUCAGAUCCACUAUGUAACGAAAUCCGCACUGAGGGUCAAUCUGCGUGGCCAGCAUUCAUAGAGCAAGCUCCUGACAGCAGAGAAUCGUCAGUUGAACCUGAUUUGAAUCCUGAAGCAUGUUGCGGGAAUGCAACUUGGCCCGAUGCUCUACUUGGACAGCGCCGGUUUUUUCCCUGA